AAUAAUUUAAACUAUUUUCACUAUUACUCACUGUGUGAUUUAUGUCCCACUGUGUUUCAUGUAAAAUUAUUCUCCUUUUCUUAUUUUUUAUUGUUAAAAUUUUUUUAACAUUUCAACGUUUCAAUAUUUUAGCAUUACACAUUAUAGUGUCAUGCUCAAUUGACGAUGGUAAGAUUACUGACAAAGCUCCUGUUCUUUACUUUUGAAAUCAAAAAGUAAAAAAAUAAGAAAAGAGGAAAUGUAUGAAUGAAAAUCUGUUAUGAAUUAAUGAUCGCUCAGUAGUGAGUGAGAAGAAAAUCGAUCGAAUGCAAUUUACUAUAAUUUUCACGUAGAACAGUCUAUAAGUGCGAAAAGAGUACAAUACUUGAGAUGGAGAAAUAAUAAUGUGAAUAAUAUAUUGAACCGAGGUAUAGACGGAUGAUUUUUCGAAUUUUACAUGGCAGUUAAUAUCUGGCAAGAACGAUGAACGUGUUCGACAAUCAGUAUCGUACUUAUCGUAUUAUAUUGAAAAUUGUAGGACUAUGGCCAUACGACAAUUCAAUCUACGUACGGAUUCAAAGAAUAUGUGUAUUAAUAUAUUUUCUUAUAGGUAUACUAAUACAGAUUUUCUCGCUUGUAAAAUCUGAAAUUUCGUUACGAAAUUGCAUCGUCACAUUUUCUACGACUUUUCCUAUAGUGCUAUUUUGUUUACGAUAUAUUUACUGUCUCACACUGUUUUCAUACGCAAAAGUUUUAUUCGAUGACAUAUGUAUAGAAGAACAUUUAUUACAAGAUACGACAGAAAUACAAAUACAAACGAAAUAUCUCGAUAUUUCUAGUCAUAUCAUCUACAUUUUUUGCUGGCUGAGUUUUAUUUGUGUUGCAUCGACGUGGAUAUUUAUAUUAAAUCCUGUAAUAUUGGAUGUAAUAAUGCCUUUGAACAAAUUUCGCCUUCACUAUAGUGUCAUAUUCCUUUCCAACGAUCGAAGAAAAUUUAUUGAUAUUUUUUUGGUAUUAAAUUCGAUCAUAAUUUUUACAUUUGGAUUAUUAUCUUUAAUAUGUUCAGAAUUGUUCACUAAUAUUGUUAGUUAUUAUAUUUGCAGACAAUUUCAUAUUGUUUGUUAUCGAAUACGAAAAAUCAUUACGGAUCUCAGUAUGCCUAAUCUGCCUAAGACAGAUUUGAAACUUCGAGACAUACAUCGAGUAGUGGACAUUCAUUGCCACGCUAUCGAGCAUAUCCAUAUGGCCGCAAAUAAUGCAGCUACGCAAUAUCUGUUGGCAAUUAUUCUAUUCGUAUUCUCAUUCUCUGUAAAUCUUUAUCGUCUGUAUAAAGCAUUAGUAACUACGGACAAUCGAAUGGAAAUCCUCGGUUCUACUCUUAUAGUUAUUUAUCAUGUAAUGAUGGCACUCUACAACAAUCAUUACGGACAAUUAAUUAUUAAUAGUAAUCAUGGCAUAUUUAAUGAAUUAUGUGCUUCUACAUGGUAUCGCAUUCCUUUAAAAGCGCAAAAACUUUUAUUGUUCAUGAUAUUGAGAAGCUCAAUGGGUUGUGAGAUUUGUCUUUCUGGUUUAUUCACUCCGUCUUAUGCAGGCUUAACGUCGAUGAUGAGUUCAUCCUUCUCCUAUUGUGCUGUUAUAUAUUCAAUUCAAUAAAUGUUAUCUAAUAUUACUGGCUUUUUACUUCAGUAUAAAUAUUGCAAUUAUAUGUUAUUAUUAUACGUAUAGAUUUGAAUAUUUAUUAAAUAGAAACACA